AUGCAUGACGUGGAUCCGCUUCACAAAUUUGAGAAGCAAUUCCAAAGCUUUGUGGAAAACAACCCUAAUGUGAUUUCGGCUACCCAGUCGUCUUCACACAUUCCAGAGUCCGCCAAAGCAGUUGUAGUACUGUCACCAUUGUCGUUACGACAUCAAUUCCCUCGGUUUUGGGUCUCAAAGGCAUAUAAGAAGACUAUCGUCGAAAGACCCGAAAGACUAUUGGCGUGUUCCAUGGGAAUAGCGGCCGCGAUAACGAUGUACCCUGCGCUUUUCAGUCUCAAGACGUCACAUUCCAAGAAAACUUCACUUCGGGCCAGUCAUGUGCUAAAAGUGCAUGGUCGCGACUGGCCUCGGGAACUUUUGCAAUUGUGCAAGGAUUCGGACGAAGUGCUAGCCGCUAAAAAACUCGAAGUGCCAGAAUCCUGGAAUGCAGGGGACAUCUAUUUAUCGCGCGAAACCAUUGAGGCGUUAGAGGGGUCUAUCAGCGCGCUUGAGCUUGGCCUGGACUCAAUUUUUCGCGGACCUUCCCCCGAGCAAACGAGUAAUAGAGCCUUUGUUGCAUUGAGACCGCCAGGUCAUCACUCCCAUACUGCGACGCCGUCUGGAUUCUGCCUUUUAAACAAUGCACAUAUUGCUAUUGAGUAUGCAAGCGAAACUUACGAUGUCACACAUGCGGUUGUUCUAGAUUUUGAUCUGCAUCACGGAGAUGGUACCCAGGAUAUCUGCUGGAAAAGAGCCGGUUUCAAGCCUGACGAAGAUCAGACAGAAGACUCAGAAUAUGAUGAAUUUGGAAAAAAAUUCGCCGAAUACCCGAAAGUUGGAUAUUUUUCAAUGCACGAUAUCAAUUCGUUCCCUACAGAGUUGGGUUACGCAACAAAAGAUAAUAUUCGAAAUGCCUCGACAUGCGUCAUGGAUGCUCACGAUGUAAAUAUCUGGAAUGUUCAUUUACAGAAAUACGAAACCGAGGAAGAGUUUGUCAAACUUUACCAAACCAAGUAUAGGACCAUUUUCGCCAAGGCUGAUGAGUUCUUCCGUACAGCUAAGCUUGCCAUGAAGGCUGAGGGUAAAAAAUUCAAGGGUUUAACAGUCAUAAGUGCAGGGUUCGACGCUUCAGAAUACGAGCAAGCGUCGAUGCAGAGACACGGCGUCAAUGUACCGACCUUUUUUUAUAACAUGUUCACAAAGGAUGCUUUGAAGCUGGCUCAAAUGCAUUCUCAUGGGAAAGUUUUGUCGAUCAUGGAGGGUGGCUACUCGGAUGGUGCUAUAGCGUCCGGGGUAUUCUCACACCUCAUCGGGCUUCAAAAUCAAAAUUGGAUAAAGGAGUGGGGGUCUGCCCAAGUGGUCAAAGAGAUCGUCAGAGGUUGCAAAGCAAACUGGAAACCUUACAAGACCAAACGUGCCCGGGACGUUAUACGAAUUUGGGCCGAAGAAGUGAUCAAACUUGGACGUGCUAUGAUCCCAGAUUUUGAAGAGCUCCUCUUCGAGCACGAAGUUGCAGAGACUGCUGCCGAACAAACCGCUGCUAGAAGAGUAACGCGGUCCAAGAAGACGACGGUCAAUCCUGUUGUCCCCGUGCGCGACUCGUCGGCUAUACCUCGAACCACGACACCAACUCCUGUCAACUCUAGACGCUUUGACCAAAAAGCGGCCGUUUCCGGCGAACAAGGGCCCGCAUCGACAGUUCCUUUCGUCGAACAGGAAUUGCACAGUGAGGAAGAUGAGGAAGACGAUGAAGAUUACGUGUAUGACGAAGAACUCAACCAGACAUUUAACCGCACCGUCGAAGACAUUACAAUCGACGACAUUUCGCGCCAUUUAGAGACACUAGAUUUAACGCAUGCGAACGAAGAAGAACAAAAACGCGCUGAUGAACAGCAAAGACCACGAAUCAGGCCCGAUUCCAAUGCACAGGGCAGAACCGCACCUCCGUCAAGCUCUUCUGGAUCCAACAAUUACCAUUACAAGAUACCGUCUGGUUCAACUACUCGUCAUCUACGGAACUCUCGCAACUCCCGCUUGUUGAAUUUUGACGACAGCGACAUCUCCAUGAUUUCGCAUAUUUCUACUGCUAGGGGCCAUACAACGCGCAGUGGUCAAACGAAGUGGUAG